AUGGUUGAUAUAAACACCUCUGAGGCAUCAGAGCAAUCAACACCCGCGAUCAAUCCUGUCGACGUACUUGCCGUCACUGCUGCCGCAACAGAUACCACAGAACUCACCUCCGGCCGCAACGAGCUUCAACCAGGGAACCACUGGAAUAGCCAAAAUUUUGACGACGCCGAUUCUGCACAUGGCCACGACGCGGAAAGUUCUACUGCGUCCAUCUCAUCCACUAUUCUCAAAUAUCGGACCGUAAAUGGAAGGACUUACCACAGCGACAUAGCAACAAACCAAUACUGUGACUUUGCGGACGAGCACCCUGAGGCUGUAGUGAUUGGGACCGACCUAUCUCCUAUUCAGCCGAAAUGGGUGCCUCCCAAUGUGCGCUUCGAAAUCGAGGACUUGACACAGUCGUGGACAUUCGAAGAGAAUUCUAUAGACUACGUCCACAUGCGCUGGCUGAUUGGAUGUGUGUCGGAUUGGACCGUUCUGUUCAAAGAGGCCUACCGAGUCCUUAAGCCGGGUGGGUGGAUUGAAACAUAUGAGUCCGACGGCAUCUUGGAGUCCGACGAUGGCACCGUAACAGAGAAGUCCGCCACCGGCCAGUGGGGUCACAUCUUUCGCGAGGGCGCCAAGAAGAUGGGCUCCAAGGCCUCAUUCAGCGUGGUCGCUGAUCAUGUGCAAAAGGCCAGCUUGGUUGAGGCGGGCUUCACCAGCAUUAACGAGUUCCCGCUUAAGACUCCUAUUUCCGAGUGGUCAGAAACUCCCAAAUUGAAAGAAGUCGGCCAAUUUUCCCGGGCUGUGUGGGAAUCCGACACCCGCGGCUUGAUGGGCUACAAUGCGAACUUACUUGGCUGGUCCUCGGAAGAGCUUACUGUAUACUGCGCCCAGCUUCGCCGGGAGAUGCGCGGCUUGAAGGUACAUGCUUACUACAAGUCUAACGUAGUAUGGGCUCAGAAGCCCCAUGCUUAA